AUGUCAGUCCUAGUCCGACUUUUCAACUCGACGGUUUACCAGUUGAAACUUCGAAGACUUCGAAAGCCACCUUCGCAAAAUGAAGUGCCCCAAAUCGUCGGGGAAAUCUACCAAAAGUUCUUUGUGGAGAGCAGAGAGAUCCCAGUGGAGAAGUUCCUCCUAAAGGAGAUCCAACAGAGUCUGGUGGGGAACAGAGGAACACAAGUGUUUGUCCGACUCCAAGAACAGGUGGCAGAGACGAUGAGAGAGCGCUACUACCCCUCCUUCCUGGUUUCUGACCACUACGAUAAACUGAUCAGACGAGAAGAGCAGAACAGCCAAUCACAGUGCAGCAUUGAGGAGAAGGAGGAAGAGUGCCAGGGUCUGGAGUCAGGAGAGGAGGUGGGGGAUGAAGGCAGUAAAAGAAUCAACGAGCAGGCCAGUUAUGCUGCGACCAAGCUCCGACAACUCUACGACAAACUGGAGUAUAAGCGCCAGGCCUUGGGCUCCAUCCAGAACGCUCCCAAACCAGACAAAAAGGUGACAAAUAAAGGGCUAAAAUCACAAUUCACUUCAGUAGAGAGACUUAAAAGACACUCAGGAUAA